UUGAUAAUUUCAGGUGAGACCGCAAAAGGUCGUUAUCCAGUAAAAGCCAUAGCCAUGAUGCACAAGAUUUGCCGUGAAGCAGAGGCCGCCAUUUUUCACAGGCAGCUGUUUGAUGACUUGAGGCACUCUAUGAACAGAGUCGCAGAUACUCACGAAACAACUGCCAUAGCUGCAGUGGCUGCGUCCUUCACAGCUAAUGCGGCGUGCAUAGUCUGUCUCACGCACACGGGAAAGUAAGUCGAGUGCCCAGGGGCAGGCGGGGGUGGGGGGAAUGAACAAAAUGUUAAACGCGGAGGUUCCGCCCCGAGGUCCAACCCCUUACCUGCCUUUUAUAUACCAUUUUUGUCAGAAAAUGUACCCCUUUCACAUGCCUUGUUUAGAAUACUGCACCCCUUUUAACUGCUGUAAAUGCACUUUCUUUCAAGAAUGAAUAAUUCAAAGAGCAGAACGGUUUUUCGACUUUUUCACAGCCAUAAAAUGCAUUUAGACACAAGUUGGCAGAUUUCCCCACCCUUUCUUAUACUUCAGCUAGUGAAAUCUGUACCCUUUCACCUACCUGAAGCCUGAACAAGGUACCCCUUUUGGGCGGAACCUCCCCGUAUAGGCCAUUAUAGGAAGUACCCCCACCCCCCAUCCCCCGGGGGGGGGGGUCUGCGUAGCUGGCGGAAUUGUUUUCGCUCGUGUGAGAAUUUUUGUUUUUCACGUGCGUCUCCUCCCAAUUCUCCGCACGACUUCGCAGCUCCUCUGCUAAAACUUUGCUCGUGCUAUAACGAUCCCGCCGGUUACGCAGGCUAGUCAAGAGAGAACCAAGAUUAUUUACCUUUUACAAAUAAAAUGUUUCCUGGUCAGAAAGCUAAUGGCAAACGACCUCCUUGGUCUUUGCGGGAGUAACAAAACGUUUGAGAAGGCAGUCCUGUUUUCUCGUUCGAGGUGUUUCAAACAGAAAUUUGAGUCCCAAUUGUCUUCCUGCUACAUAACUGAUAACAAAUCCUAGUUUACACGGCCAUAUCUCAGUAAAUGAAAGUGUUUUGUGCAAUUAUCAAACGGAAGUUCCGAGUGGAAUUUUCCUUUGGCGCGUAGAAGCGCGUGCACCAUUUGUCCAAACCAUAACCCGAAAUAAACCGAUCAGUUUCCCAAUGUUAAUGCGCAAAGGUUUAUUAGGGACCUUAAGAUCCGACGACGGCGACGGGAACGGGAACGCCACAAAAUCAAUAGGUUUAAUAACCAAAACAACAAUUUUGCAUCACGUUUUUUUGUACAUUUCAUUGCCGUCACUGCACGACUAUGACGUGAAAAUGCCUAAUUUCAAGUUGUACAGAGGAAGUACACAAGUGACUACGAAAUUUCCUCUCUCUUUCUGAGCUUGGAUAUGGUUCUUAGGAAUUGAAAAAGUUAGUGACUUGGAGUAAUCGCGAUGAAGAUUGAAAUAACACGAAUUCACUUUUCCAGCGACGUUUCCUCCACAGUCGCCUUCCUCGGAUCUUAAGGUCCCUAUUUUAUCUGCUGGGACGCAACCUAGUGUUCGUUGCCGUUGUAGGAAGGCGUUAUAAUUAUUUUUGUCUACUUUUUCGUUUAGGACUGCUGAAGUAGUGGCGCGCUUUCGUCCCCGCUGUCCUAUCAUCGUGGUAACACGUGACGCGCGCGUGGCACGCCAGAUGCACUUAUACAGGGGCUGCUUCCCGCUUAUUUACGAUAGACCGCCAAAAGAGAACGUGCUUGAAGAACACGAUGAGCGGCUUGAAUUUGCGCUGGACAUGGGCAAAAGGAUGGGAUUCAUGAAAGUAGGAAACGCGUUUGUGUUUGUGUCGGGUUGGAAGGCUGGCGCAGCUCAUACCAACACAAUCCGCAUCCUUACUGUCAUGGAAGAGAAGAUUCAUAUCGCCAAGAGUCUGUCAGAGUCCGCAGAUAUAAAAGGAAGGAUGCAAAACUUGACCGUGCCCUAG